AUGCGCGAAGACGACGACGUUGAAGGGAUCCGGAUCUUUCUUCGGGUGCUUUUGUAUGACGAACCAACAGCUGGACUUGAUCCAAUUGCAUCAACCGUAGUUGAAGAUCUCAUACGCUCUGUUCAUUCAAAAGGUGAAGAUGUGCUUGGGAAACCAGGGAAGAUUGCAUCUUAUGUUGUUGUCACUCACCAGCAUAGUACCAUUCGAAGAGCUGUUGACAGGUUGUUGUUUCUCUAUGAGGGGAAGGUUGUUUGGGAAGGAAUGACUAAUGAGUUUGCCUCGUCAACAAAUCCAAUUGUAAGGCAGUUUGCUUCUGGGAACUUGGAUGGGCCAAUAAGAUAUUAG